CGCCCUGCGGCCGGCCGGGGGCGGUGCCGCCCCGCCAUGGCGGCGCUGCGCGGCUCGGCGCGCCGGGGCUGCCCGCGCUGCCCGCAGCCCGCGGCCCUGGCGGCGGCCGCGGCCCUGGCCGUCUGCGCCUUCUACUACCUGGGCGGCGGCGGCGAGACCUUCUCCAGCGCCACCCGCCGCCUGCGCGCCACGCCGCCCGCCCCGGCCGGCCCGGGGCCCCGCGGGCUGCACCUCCUGUUCAUGUUCACCAAGGCGGAGCGCAACCCCGCGCUCCGCGACAAGGCGCGGGCGGCGCUGCGCUCGCUGCUGCGGCACGGCCGCCUGGCCGCCGCCGACGUGCUGCACCUCCACCUCGUCACCGAGGGCGCCAGCCGCGACAUCGGCCUCGGGCUGCUGCGGGACCUGCUGCGCGGCGCCGCCUUCCGCCACCAGGUUAUCGUCCAUGAUGUGAAUGAGCUGACAGAAAAGCUGUUUCCCAUCGUUGAGGCCAUGCAGAAACACUUCAGUGCUGGAUCGGGGACCUACUACAGCGACUCCAUCUUCUUCCUGUCAGUUGCAAUGCAUCGCAUCAUGCCCAAAGAAAUAACACGGAUCAUCCAGGUAGACUUGGACCUGAAGUACAAGACCAACAUCCGAGACCUGUUUGAUGAGUUUGACAACUUCCCAGAGGGAGCAGUCAUUGGGAUUGCCAGGGAAAUGCAACCAGUGUACAGGCACACCUUCUGGCAGUAUCGCCGUGAGAACCCCCAAACCAAAGUGGGGGAGCCCCCUCCUGAUGGGCUGCCAGGCUUCAACAGUGGUGUCCUGCUCCUGAACCUGGAAGCCAUGAGGCAAUCCAAGCUCUACAACCAGCUGCUGGAGCCCACCAUGGUGCAGAAGCUGACAGAGAAGUACCACUUCAAGGGCCACCUUGGGGACCAAGAUUUCUUCACUAUGGUGGGGAUGGAGCAUCCAGAGCUUUUCCAUGUGCUUGACUGCACGUGGAACCGGCAGCUUUGCACAUGGUGGAGGGACCAUGGAUACAGCGAUGUGUUUGAGCAGUACUUCCAGUGUGAGGGGGAGGUCAGAAUUUACCAUGGGAACUGCAACACCCCAAUCCCUGAAGACUAAGGCACCCACUGCCCCAGGGGCAGCUCUGACUGCAGCAGGGCCUGCAAAGCCAUAGUGGCUGCACUAACAGUCCCCCAGGAAGGGUGACCAGCUGUGAUCCAGCAUAAUCCAGGGGAAUCUAGGGAUCCCAGGAGCAUUCAGUAUCCCACUGCCUGUAGCCUCACCCUCCAAGAGGAAGGGCAGUUCAGUUGCUGGAACAGGACCUCCACAGCCACUGUAUCCAGGGCUCAGCUCCUGGCUCUGCUUGGCCAAGUCCAUGGGGCCCAUCUGUGCUUCAGCUGCUGGGGCAUGGGAACAGCCAAGGGGCCAUCAGAGACUGCUGCUUUUGCACUAGGCAGGGUCCAGCUCCCUGGGUGCUGUGCAGCUUUGCCUUGUCUGAUGGUCAGCAGGAGUCACCAGUGGGCAGUUGGGUUUCAUUUGUCAUUCCUUGGUGGCCAUUUCUGCACCUCAUGCAGAGAAUUGGUCUGGUCCCUCUGGAGAGCAGACACUGUCCUCAGGUCAUCUUCCUUUUGAAGCAUUCCAGAAAGGCGAGAGGUCUUUAAAGACUGAAAAGCUGCUUUAAAUUGGGUUACUUACAAACAAAAAUUGAGUGCUAGAUAAGCUUUAAAGCCUUUCGUUUGUUCUGAGCAAUAAAAGCUUUACUGCCCUAUGUUGUCCUAGAAGUGUUCAGUGAGUGUGUAACAAUAGGUUCAUUUUUCUAGCUUUGUCUUUAACCUUUCAUACAAGAAUAAAAUUUGCAGAUAUCAGACA